ACAGAUCGGAGUACGAGAUUAGGAGACAGCGUACUGAAUUUCAAGCCGUCCUCAUUCUUAACAAUGAUCCGAAUAGAGUUUGUUGGGUUCAAUUUAAUCAACUUCAACGAAAAAUUAAUUUAUGUGUCUUAUCUUUGUUAUUUGGUUAGUCUUCUUUUUAUCUCUUGUUUUUUUUCUGUACAUCUCUGUCUUCUAGGGAAUAAUCUGAGUAUAGGAUAUGAUAUCAAUAGAUAUAGGGGUAUUAUUGGAUUAUGGAAAAUUGAAUAGUUCACAUGGUAUAGUUAACUAAUUUAGGCUAAAACCGUGUAUAUGGAACCUAAUAUCUCUAAAAGAAAACUUCACUAUUUGUUUAAGAAAGACAGAAGAUUAAAUGAGAUAAGGAUGAGUUGUUCAAAAAAAAAAAAAAUGAGAUAAGGAUGCGAUGCUGAGCUUCCAGUGUCCAUCUCCUUUCUUCUUCUCCGGCCAAAACCGGACCACAACUUCUUGCUCAACAGCUCCGCCUCGUGCAUCCACCGAACUAACUGCUUCUCCUUCAUCACUAAUCUCUCGCCGUCUCAUCCUUCUCCGUCACGCUCACAGUUCCUGGGACCACCUUUCCCUCAAAGACCAUGAUCGUCCUCUAACUAAGACUGGUCAAGCCGAUGCUGCUAAAGUUGCUCAAAUCCUCUCCUCACUUGGUUGGCUUCCCCAACUCAUCCUCUCCAGCGACGCGACUAGGACUAAGGAGACACUGAAGUCAAUGCAAGCGCAAGUUGAUGGCUUUAUGGAGGCAAACGUACAUUUCAUCCCUAGCUUUUACUCCAUUGCUGCUAUGGACGGCCAAACCGCCGACCACCUUCAACACAUCAUCUCCAAAUACUCAUCCCCUGACAUCACCACUGUCAUGUGUAUGGGGCAUAAUAAGGGAUGGGAAGAAGCAGCCUCCAUGCUCUCUGGUGCUUCCGUAAAGUUGAAAACUUGCAAUGCUGCUUUACUUCUAGCUUUUGGCAACUCCUGGGAUGAUGUUUGCUUUCGCUAUGGCUGGACCUGGUGGAUGGAAACUUGAGGGUAUUGUGGCUCCAGAUAGCACCAUUUGUGUGUAAGAGAGAGCUUCAAGUUGGUCUACUUUCUUCUCCUCUAUGCUUUGCAUCUUUUUGCUACAACACAAUAUAUAAAAGGUUGUAUAGUUUCAUCCUUUCAUGUGUCAACUACUAGUUAAGUUCAGCUGUUAUCUUAUGAUGAUGAUAAUAAACAUGUCAAGAGCAGACUAGUGCAUCUCUUUAUUGGAUGGUUUGCUUUGUGUAAGAUCCUAUAGCAUCAUAGAUAUGAUUAAAUGCAAUCUUUAUUAUUUCUAUUAA